AUGUCUUCAUCUGAAUCUCCAAUAUUUAAUUCUGAUCAAUUAAUUUCUAAUCUUCAAUUAAUUAAUAAUCUCGGACGAUUACUUGAAAUUAAUUCAUCACAAAUUGAUAAUGGAGAAAUAUUUUUAACUAAAUUACGUAAAUUACAAAAUAUUUAUUAUACAACACAAAAUCGUUUAGAUACAUUUGAUGUUAUUCUACCAACUAUACAACAAAAUUAUAUUGAAAUGAGUAAUUUAACUAAAAUAUUAAAUGAAAAACAACAAAAGAUAAUAAAUAAUCAAAAUGAAAAAUUUGAUGAUUAUGAAUCAACUCGUAUGUCAGCAAUGGCUGAAAUGAAAUUUGUUGAAAAUAAAUUACAAUCAUUUGAUAUUAAUGUGAAGCCAUCUGUUACUCAUACACAAAUUGAAAAAUUACAAAAAAAUGUUGACAAUACUCGAUGUGAAUAUGAAAUACUUAAACAAAAAAUUGAUCAUUGGAUCCCAUGUGAUGAACCAACAAUUGAUAGUUUAACAUUAAAAGUUGAAAAUGUUCGAGAUGAACUUAGAGCAAUUGAAGAUGAAAUCUCAAUGUAUGUUACAGAUGCAUUUCAAAUGAACAAAAUAACUUCGUCAGAAUAA